GUUUUGGUGCCUGCUACGACCUGGUAUCCCUCCUCGGAAAAAAAGAUGAUGUUGAAGGUGUGGAAGUGGUACCAGAAUUGCCUUUCUGUUCAUCCCGUGAAGACCCAAGCCGUGAGUUCUGCCAUCCUCUGGGGUGUUGGAGACCUCAGUGCUCAGUACAUUACCCAUGCAGCUACAAAAAAGCGACUCCAACUUUCUGAUUGCGAUGCUAAGUUUACUGUCAACUGGAACCGCUUGGCUGUUACAAGUAUGUUUGGAUUUGGCUUUGUUGGACCAGUUGGACAUUUCUGGUAUGAAGGCUUGGACAAGUUCAUAAGGUAUAAGCUUCAACUAACGCCGAAGUCUGUGAGAUCUGUGGCCACCAAAGUGGCAAUGGAUGGCAUAAUUUUUGGUCCCGUCCAUUUGUUUGUCUUCUUUACUUACAUGGGAUUAUGUGCGGGAAAGAAUCUUCCUCAAGUGAAGGAAGACUUGAAGAGGAAUUAUGUCCCAGCCCUGAUUUUAGAAGGUGGCGUGUGGCCAGUUGUGCAGGUUUUUAAUUUUUGGUAUGUUCCUGUGAAGUACCAGCUUCUCUACGUAAACUUCUUCUGCUUGCUGGAUAGUGCUUUUUUGUCAUGGUUGGAGCAACAGAAGGAUGCACCUUGGAAAAAACGGUUUCUAUUGUUUCAUUCUACGAAUGAAAAGGGAGGUCAAUGCUGAUGAGGACAUUGAUAGAACAGGAAAAAUUGAUUGAUCAGAAAUUUUGAAUAUUUUUGCCCUUUUGAUAUUUUGUAAGUUGUAAUAGAUAAAUUUGGAGAUAGAUAGUUUACUUUGCUUAUUGUUGACUAGACCUCUAAAUUUGCCUCACCUUAACGACGCCAAAAUUUUGAU